UACUCGUCAAACCACAUGUCGUUGUCUACUUAUCUGUGCCGUCUGACGUAUUUGACGACGCGGACGCACAUUGCGAACGCGCAUUCUGCGUCGUCUCGUGCACGAGACAUGGAGUGGCGGACAGUGGCAGUGAUAGUGCUGGUCGUAAGUCUUUGCUUCUUCAUCGUACCGAUCAAAGUCGGGCCUGAUAAAACUGUCGAAGAUGCGAAAUUGUUCGCAGAUUACAUUGCCCGAUAUAACAAAACGUACAGAAAUGAUUCUACAGAAUAUAAGGAACGAUUCGAUAAUUUUCAGAAAUCGUUGCGACAUAUCGAAAGAUUGAAUGGUUUACGAUCAUCCCAAGAAAGUGCAUAUUAUGGACUAACAGAAUUCUCAGAUUUAUCCGAAGAUGAAUUCUUGCAACAAACAUUGCUUCCUGACUUAUCUUUACGAGGGCAAAAACAUACUACAGCGUCAUAUUAUCAUCAACAUUCUGUGAAUUCGGUUGAUCGCAUGAAAAGGAUGAUUGGUAUACCCUCUAAGUUUGAUUGGCGGGAUCGAGGGGUUGUAGGACCAGUUGUGAACCAAGAAAGUUGCGGUGCGUGUUGGGCCUUCAGCACUAUCGGUGUGGCCGAAUCGAUGUACGCCAUCAGAAAUGGAACUUUAUAUUCCUUUAGCGUGCAGGAAAUGAUCGAUUGUAUGCCAGGCAAUUACGGAUGCCAGGGCGGUGACAUAUGCAGUUUACUCUCGUGGCUGUUGGCGUCAAAGACAAAAAUCAUAUCUGAGAACGAUUAUCCUCUCACACGGCGGACCGAUUUGUGUCGAUUGUCUAAAAUUACUGCGAAGACAUCGGGAAUUAAAAUAACGGAUUUUACAUGCGACAGUUUUAUAGAUGCAGAAACUGAACUUUUAACGCUGCUUACUCACGGACCUGUGGCGGCCGCUGUAAAUGCUAUAUCUUGGCAGAAUUAUUUAGGUGGCGUAAUACAGUAUCACUGCGAUGGUUCGUUCAACAGCUUGAAUCAUGCGAUACAGAUAGUGGGAUACGAUAUGAGAGCGAGUAUACCGCAUUAUAUCAUUAAAAAUUCGUGGGGAUCGUCUUUUGGCGACAAAGGUUACAUUUAUAUUGCGGUCGGUAAAAAUUUAUGCGGUAUAGCCAACCAAGUUUCAUCGCUCGACGUUAUUUAGUCAUUUACAGUAUUUUAAAUAUAUAUCAUAAUUCAAUUUUUAAUCAAUUUUUAAAUCUAGAA